AUGGAUUAUUACGAUACGGACGAAAAGCAUUGGAUAACAACAAACUAUCCUAUGCAUCGUAGUUACUCGGAAGAAAGAAAUUUAGAGCUUGAGCGAUUUGAUAUUUUUCAAGCUUUUUUAGAUUUUCAAAAUCAUUAUUCAAACUCAAACUACAGAACAUCAAAUAAAUUAUUGACAGUCAUCAUAACUUACUGUAAAAAUGCUAUUAUGCGAGUUAGAGAUAUCAUUGACUCUCACAUUAUCGAAUUUUUAUUGACCAAAGUUAUUGAUCCAGUCGUUUUACCAAUUGUCAUCAAGAAACAUCCAGAAAUUUCUCAGAUCCGAAAUAAUUCAUUUACACUAUUGCUAGAACUCUGCCAAACAAAAGGAAUAAUAGAAUUUUUAUGUGAGAUGCACAUAUUCCAGAAAUAUGGCAGCAAAUUAAAGAUAACAACAGAUAACUAUACGAUAUUAAGCAUUUCUGCUUUGUUUUGUAAAAUAAUUCAAACAAAUCUUAAUUGCGCGUUAUCUGCUGUCAAUGAUGGCAUUAUUAUUAAUGCCAUAUCAUCGAUCGAAUACUUUUGUUCGACAGGCUACAUUGGCUUCUUUUGUAAAUAUGUUAACAGUAAUAUUUAUAUUCUUAAGUAUCUGUUUAGUUAUCAUGAUCUUAUAUCAAAAGCACAAGUGCAAUCUAUCAUUUCGACCAUGUUAAAACUACUAAUUACAACAUCUUCAGAUGAAGUAAGUCCAAUUGACAAAAGAAACGAAAUAUUGAAGAGUAUCGUUGGAUUGGUAGCAAAGGUAAUUAAUUACGAUCAUUACUAUCUAGAAAUUUUGACUUCUACAGGAAUAAUGUUUUAUUUGGCUUCUCUUUUAAACAAAGUCGUUUACGAAAGAAUAUGGGCAGAUAUAUAUGAUAUAUUCGCUCAAUCACUAAGUUUGGCUUUGCCAAAUCCACAAAUUUUGACAACUUUGUUAAAUCUUCUGAAUUUCGAAGCAUUGGUCGGCCAAUUCCUUCAAAAUCCUUUGAAGGACUAUUCACCAAGCAUACUAAAGCUGAUACAUUGCAUGCUUCUCGCUGAAAAUUCUCAUUUUAUCAACUUUAAUUUUGAAAGAUUUGGAGAAGUAAUUGCAGAAAACUAUGACUCCUUUUCCCUUUUAAUGAAAAGAAUCGUCAUCAGCCUCGUUAAUUAUUUAAUUUCAUAUAAUAUUCCAUUUUUUGAACAAUUAUUUGGAAAUGAAGUUAUUUUCGAGUUCCCAUCAACAUUAUCAACACUAGAGACACAUGAACAAGAAGAAUUUGCAAAAAAUCUUUAUUUUGCACUUAAUAACGCAAAUUCUCAGCGAAAAAUCGAAAAAUACUUCAUCAACAAAUUUGCAAAUGAAUACGAAUCUUUUAUUGAUUCACUAGAAGAUAUUUCAUCCGAAGAAACUUCUGUUGUUUUAGAAAAUUUGAAAAAACUAUUGGAAAUAGAAUAA